GUGCUUCGCUGCGCUGACAUUUUUUUGGCGAUGCCUCCUGUUACUCCGGCUCUGCCGCUCGCCAGCCCUGCUGCAGCCGGCGCUGCUCCUGCGCCGGCGCUGCUACUCCGGCCGCCGCCACCGCCACCGCUGCUGUCGUCUAUCCCAGCUCGCUCCUAGCGCUGCUGCUGCCUCCGCCACCACCAGCAGCAGCAGCACCGCAGCGGACACGGGGGAGGCGGAGGAGGAGGAAGAAGAGGAGGCGGCGGCAGCUGAUCCUCUGCCUCGGCGGCUGCCUGCCAUCCUGCUGCGCCGCUGCCAGACGUCAGGUGCUGCUCCGGCAGCGUGAGCUCAGCGGGGAUGAUCCUAGGCAGCCUGAGCCGGGCGGGCCCAAUCCCGGCCAUCCUGCGCCCACCACCUGCCAUGAUGCAGCAACCCCUCGAUCUCAAGCCCUUCCUGUCGUUCCCUAUGGAGGCGCAGCCGGCCGUGGGCCUCUUCGCAGGUUUCAACACGGUAAGGCCGUGGCUGCUUCCGGCCCAGGAGGUACAGGCUCGGAUGGACCCAGUGCAGAAAGCAGUGAUCAACCACACCUUUGGGGUACCCAUAGCCAAGGCCAAGCGCCCAAUCAUCUCUUGCAACGUCUGCCAGAUCCGCUUCAAUUCUGAGAGCCAAGCCGAAGCACACUACAAGGGGAACCGACAUGCCCGGCGAGUAAAGGGAAUUGAGGCAGCCAGGACGCGGCAGAAGGAAUCGGGAGCCCGCGAGGGAGACAAACCGGGGCCUGUGGGCAGUCCGUCCUCCAGCACCGGGGAGAGUGACUCUGACCGCACAGCCGAGCAACUGAACGGCAUCGGGGGUUCAGUGACAGUGCCCCCCAUCCCUGCUCCCACCUCUCCAGAUAAGCAGCCCUGUCUGGUGUCUCCGGCAGCAGCAGCACCCCCGCCGCCCCAUUCAGCCCUCUGCCCAGAACCUAGCCAGAGUUCCAAGAGCGGGCAAACCUGGGGGACGAAGGUGGGAGAGAUCUCUACGGUGACUGCAGCCCCAGCCACUUCAGGGGUGGCACCCAGUAGCAACGGCAACCCCAAGCCUGACGAAGAGAAGGCCAAGAAGCUGUUGUACUGCGCACUUUGCAAAGUGGCUGUCAAUUCACUGUCUCAACUUGAGGCCCACAACAAAGGCACAAAGCACAAGACUAUCCUGGAAGCACGCAGCGGGUUGGGGCCUAUCAAGGCAUAUCCACGCCUGAGCCCCACCACUGGAGGGGAGCCAGGCAGCCAAGACCCCAGUGUCCAGGAGAGAACCUUCCACUGUGAAAUCUGCAAUGUCAAAGUCAACUCGGAGAUCCAGCUCAAACAGCACAUUUCCAGUCGACGGCACCGGGAUGGAGUAGCUGGGAAGCCCAACCCCUUGUUGAGUCGGCACAAGAAGCAGCGAGGCAUGGCAGAGCUGCAGGGCUCCCUGGCCUUCCCUAAGGAGCUUCCCAAGUCGCUGGCAGCCGGAUUGCUGCCCAAUCCGCUGGCUGUGGCAGCAGCCAUGGCAGCUGCCGCUUCCUCGCCCCUGACGCUGCGACCAGCCCCGACGCCACCGCUGUUGCAGGGCCCACCUCUGACGCACCCGCUCCUGCGCCCGGCUCCGGGGCCCAUCCGAACUGCACACGGACCCAUCCUCUUCUCGCCAUACUGAUGCCGCCCGUCCACCCACCUGCCUGCCACAAUCCCGGGACUCUUGGCACCACUGGAACCGCCCACCCCGGCAACUAGCAACAGGUCUCGGCAACGUCACAUGGCGCCCAGCCCCAUCCAACGGGAGCGAUUUUACUUUCUUUCCUUUCUUUUUUUGUUUCUUUUCCUCUUUUUUUCUUUGUAACUAGAGAUGGAAAUAUUUUUCUGAGAAGAGAAAAAGGGACAAUCCCGCCCUCACACAAACACACACGCACAUACAUGCACCUGCUCUCAACCCCAUCUGGGGGUCCCUGGCCAAAUCUGCACAAGCGCCAGGUUCUCCCGCAGGCUGGGCCAAGGUGUGUUUGUGUGCAUCUAUGUGUGUGCACACACACAUGUGUGUGUGUCAGUCACAUCUCCCGAGGUACAAAAAAGGUUGGGGAGUGAUAGUGCCUCCCCAGGACUCUGUGGAGCAACGAAAGGGGAGGCAGUUCUGGUACCUCAGGGACUGAUCAGCAAGCAAUCUCCUUCCAUCCCAGAGCUAAGGGGGGGCCCUUGCCUCCCCCACUCAUACAAGCCAUUGUCCACCUGCACUGAAAGGGGUGUGUGUGUUUGUGUGCAUGGGACAGAAGACAGGGCCUCCGGAAGACAGAGCCCCUACUGCAAUAAUGCUGGCCGGCACCUCCAUGUACAUAUCCCCCCCCCCCG